UUUAUGUCUUCCCUGUGUAGGCCAGUACAAUGGUGGCGGUUGGCCUGACCAUAGCGGCAGCUGGAUUUGCAGGUCGCUAUGCACUAAAAGCUGUGAAGCAAAUGGAGCCACAAGUAAAACAAGCACUUCAGAAUCUACCAAAACCUGCCUUCAGCGGUUAUUACAGAGGUGGAUUUGAACCCAAAAUGACUAAACGAGAAGCAGCUUUAAUACUAGGAGUGAGCCCUACAGCCAACAGAAGUAAAAUUCGAGAAGCCCAUAGACGGAUCAUGCUUCUGAAUCAUCCAGAUAAAGGUGGCUCUCCGUAUGUAGCAGCCAAAAUCAAUGAAGCUAAAGAUUUGCUGGAAGACCAAGCUAAAAAAUGAAUGAGAGAGAAAAUCAGAGGGUUUGUCCCUGCAAAUGAUUAUUUUUGAUAAAUGGCGUAAGAAAAGUUCUAAUGUCAGUCUUUGACUUAAUAUAAAUGAAGCUGGAAAUAUGAAUCCAGGGAGGUCACUCCCUCCCCACUCAUUUCUUAGUCACUUUUUGGGGAAACGUGCAAGGGAGAGAGGCUUAAAGUUUUUUUCGUAGCUGUGCUUUAAUAAGCAAAAUCUGCCACUCUGAAAUAUUUUCAGAGUAAGAGUACUAACUUGGUUUGGCCAAUGCAUGUUACCAGAUACAGGUAGACCUGCAUGCUGUUACCUAAUUUUUGUUAAACUAGCUAUGUUUAAAGUUCAUGCUGCUGUUCUUUCAUGUGCCAAAGUUAGCAUGAUAAACCGGUUUGGGGAAGGGGUGGAAAAAAUCAAGAGGCUUUAUUUGACGGGAAGAAUUGGGACAGCUGUGUGGUUGUCUGACUGAAGAAAUAAAGUAUAGGAAACACCCGUGGUUGUCUUUGCCUUGUGAAAAACAAGGUUGGUUGAGCUUCUUAAGUGUUACUGAUGGGUCUGGAACAUCCCAGAUUUUUUUAGUAACUUUCAGUUUUUAAUGGAUUUUAUAUAGCCUUUAAUAAAUUUGAAAUUCGUAAUGUAA